AACAAUGAGGGAGACGGCCCUUCGUCACGUCCAGCCUUCAAGGCCGCCUGCUGGGACCUUGGCCACUGCGAUCCUAAGCGAUGCUCCGGAAAGAAGCUCAUAAGGCUCGGUAUGAUGCGCGACCUCCACCUCGGCCAGCGCCACAACGGUGUCAUCAUCACCCCUAACGGCAAACACGUCGUCUCCCCCGCCGACCGCGAGCUCAUGGAUCAGUAUGGAGCUGCUGUUGUCGAGUGCUCUUGGGCGAGGACGAAGGAGGUUCAGUGGAACAAGGUUGGAGGAAAGUGUGAGCGCUUGCUGCCUUACCUCGUCGCUGCGAACAACGUCAACUACGGCAAGCCCUGGCGGUUGAACUGUGUCGAGGCUCUGGCGGCAGCUUUCUAUAUCUGUGGACACCCGGACUGGGCGGAACAGAUCCUAGAGCCCUUUUCGUACGGACCAUCAUUCCUCGAAAUCAACUCUACCCUGCUUAAGCGGUAUGCCGCAUGUACCGACGAGGCGAGUGUGAAGAAGACUGAGGAGGAAUGGAUGGAGCAGCUGGAGAGGGAAUACAACGAGAGUAGGGAAGAGGGUAACGAUGAUAUUUGGGCCACCGGGAACACGAACCGACGACGCAUGGAUUCCUCCGACGAUGACGAUGACGAUGAUGAAGAGGAUGAUGAUGAUGAUGAAGAGGGUUCCAACAAGGACGACGAGGAUAGCAUAGAUGGCAUAUACCUGGGCAAGAAACCACAGAAGCCGAGCGCCCAAGAAGAGGAAGAGGAGGAAGAAAAGGACCGAUAUGCAAUAUCCGACGACUCGGACGAAGAAGACGCCAUGGCCGAGAUCCGUCGCAAGGUCCUCGCCUCAAAGACCUUUACAAACCCCAACAAAGACGACGACAAGAAGCCCGCUACCAUCCCAAACCCCCACCAACAGCAGCAACAGUUCAAGCCUACCACAGACGUUCAGCCAGACUCGGACAAUGGUGACAGCGACGAGGAUGAGGAUGAUGAGUUUGACAACAUCAUUGAGGCUACUCCCGUGACGGACCGUAUUGGCUUGGCGAAGCUGGAGAAGGAGCGGUCUCAGGCUACGGUCACUACGAGGACCUUUUCAUCAAAUGCUGUUGGGGCGCCGUAUAGA